AUGAGACUGCUCAACACAUUUACGCUCGAGAUUCGAGAGUUCAUAGUCCAGAACACUCCGCCGUAUGCUAUCCUUUCGCACACGUGGGGCGUAGGCGAAAUUACCUUCGAGGACCUGAUCAAAGAAGACAAAACCCAGGCCAGACAGAAGAAUGGCUUCCUUAAACUCAACGGUUUUUGUGAGAAAGCAAAAGAAGUUGGGUUUGAGUGGGUGUGGAUGGACACUUGCUGUAUCGACAAGAAAAGUAGCGCGGAAUUGGGUGAGGCUAUAAAUUCGAUGUUUGCCUGGUAUCAGAAGGCGAAUGUCUGCUAUGCCUACCUCGACGAUUUCAAGUAUCCGCCGAACUGCACUGAACCUGACUACAUGGACUCGCCAAACGCUUAUGUAGACUCCCUCAAAAAGUGCCGUUGGUUCACACGCGGUUGGACGCUUCAAGAACUGCUCGCUCCAGGCAGCAUUGAGAUGUACGCUCCAGACUGGAGUGAAAUUGGGACCAAGGCCACUUUGGCAUCUCAAAUAUCAUCAAUAACUGGAAUCCAACUGAAUAUCAUCCGCGGGUACGGAGUGGAAUUGAACGUGGCUCAAAAGUUGUCCUGGGCUGCGGGUCGAUCCACAACAAAAAUCGAAGACAUUGCGUAUUGUCUGCUGGGUAUCUUCAAUAUAAACAUGCCCUUGUUGUAUGGAGAAGGGACGAAGGCGUUCCGCCGACUGCAGGAGGAGAUACUGAGAACCACCGAUGAUUACACCUUAUUCAUAUGGAACAUCUUGGACUUCAGGACAAACCGAAGAAGCUCGUCCGGCCCAUUUGCCGAUUCUCCUGACGCGUUUGGAUACAAUAGUACAGGACAGGAGUCUCUAAGCUACGCCGAUGUAUCGAGCACAGAUAUCCAAUUCCCGGAAGUAGUGGAAACUUUAUCUACAAUGCCGCCAAAAAUGACCAAUCGUGGACUCAAGAUACGUCUGCCUGUAUUAAAAGUGCCCGACUUUGCGUACUAUAACGGUGGGUUGCUCGUUCACUUCCCGCUGUCUGCGACCAAAGAGCUGACGACUGCGGUAUGGAUCCAUCGUCAGAGAGUAUAUGGAGACAGAGUCUUUGACAUGAUUUUUCAUCUCGAAAAAGUCCUAUUGGAGAAAGACGAAGACGAGAUUGAAGAACACGUAGAUAUAGACCUGGUUCCCCCGCAUACAGGGCACCACAUAUGUCUCUGGCUGGAAAGCGAUGGAGAUCAGUGGUGUCGUCUUCGAGGCCUCGACAUUGUCUUCAUUCGUGAUGAAGAUCUUGCCAAAUUUGAGUACCAGACUGUGUAUAUCCAAGAGCGUGAAGAGGCCAUUACGUGUUACGUACGUAGACUCGGGAGGGUCUCGAGCUUCAUAAUACAGGAUGCCAACGGUGCCCUACAGCCGCAGUUUCAAAAAAGCUGGAUAGAGCACCCCGAUGAUGAUGGUUGGGGUGGGGUCAUACACUCAGCACGAUUCCGAACGACGAACAACGACUUGUUCUUCGCUCACUUUAGUAUCAGUUGGUGCGAGCUAGUGGUCAUCGCAGAUAUCAGCUCCGCACAUCCAUGGCUGCUCGCUGAACCUGUUGACUGGUACAAAGUCCAUUACUUGGCGCGUCAAAUGAGCAAAUCUGCAUAUUUUGGGCCUGUGGUGCUUGACAGGGCAGUCGCGCGUCUACAAUCGGGCAUUAUGGUCAGAUUGUGCGUCCGACGGACCGUUGCAGCUGGGGCGACCGUAACCUUGACACUUACUUGA